GCAGCCGGCCGCCACCCCGCCGCGCGAACACGCCGGGAGCCUUUGUAAUGACUCUGACGUCCAACGGUGUGAAACGGCUAACGCUCACGCUGUCACCGGUACAUUCAACUGAUAUGCUCUAAUUGCACGAUUUAAUUUAAUUAAUUUAUUUUCUAGCAACUUUGUAACUGAUAUUAUUUUGUUUAUACUCUCACAAACUAUGAACUGGCCGACCCACCAGUGCGAAAGAAUUUGUGAAGUGAACAAAGAAAGGAUUGCGCUCUGAAAGGAAUGGAGUACAAACAAUAAUUCCUGAUGUAGACGUUGCAUUGCCAUGGAUCACUGGGUGACGGCGGCUAGCGCCCUGCUAGCGUUCCUCCUGUACUACAACACACUAGACGCUGGAUUUGUCUAUGACGACAGACGGGCGAUCCUCUCCAAUCCGGACGUCAUCGGACAUACACCGCUGAAGGCACUAUUUGAAAACGAUUUCUGGGGAACUCCGCUCACAGACCCAGGUUCACACGGUUCAUAUAGGCCGCUGUGCGUCGCUACAUAUCGACUCAACUACGCUUUUAGUGGAUUCAAGCCAUGGAGUUUUCAUUUUCUAAACGUAGUUUUUCACUGCAUAGCGUCAGCGCUCGUUGUUGUUUUGGCGCGCCGAUUGAUGCCGAGCUCUUGCAUACGAGUGGGUGCAGCAGUCGCUGGGCUGACCUUCGCAGCUCAUCCGAUACACACAGAAGCAGUAGCAGGAGUCGUGGGCCGAGCGGAUUUAGCGGCUUGCAAUCUGUUUCUCAUUAGCUUCUUACUGUACAGCGAGCACAUUCGAUUGCGUGAACAUCGCCAUAAACGAUUAUGCAGACAUAUCUUAAAAAAUAAUAUAAUGCAAAGAUCGAGCUCAAGCAGCGAUCAGCCGUUUCGACUAAGUUGCCAUAGCUUGGUACAGCACGUCAUGAUGAACUUUCGUCGACUGUUGAAAUGCGGUAAAGCGGGACCGAUGAAAGUGUUAAAUGCGUGGGAAGCUAAGUCAGAGGCAGUGAGACUGAAGUGUCAGUACAGUGGCAGUGUGAGUGAGGACUCUGGUGAACUGUUGCAGUGGGUGACCCUAGCAGGAACUCUUUUGUUUGCCGCGGCUGCUACAUUAUGCAAAGAGCCUGCCAUCAUGGUCUUGCCUCUUUGUAUAUUUUACGACUUUUUGAAAGGGAAUCGCCCAGAAGAUCUCUACGCCAAGCAACGAUGGCGGAGCGUGUGUGCACUGGGGAUGGGGGGCGUGGCCUUGCUGUACUGGCGGCUGCGGCUGACGGGCGCGCCGACGGCUUUCGCUGCCGCCGACAACCCGGCCUCCCGCGAUCCUUCGUUCCUCACCAGGACUUACACAUUCGCCUAUCUUCCAGUCUUCAACUUCUUCCUACUUUUAUACCCAUUCCACCUCAGUUUUGACUGGUCCAUGGACGCCAUACCACGAAUAACGACCCUUUUUGAUCAACGAAAUAUUUCUACCAUAAUUUUCUAUGCAAUUAUCUCUAAAGUAACGUGGCGAGCGAUAGUCACAGAAUUUAAGACACGUCAAGAACAUUUUUAUAAAGAAGUAAAGUAUUAUAAGAAACAAAACUGUAAAAAUAAGCACAAAUGGAAUUACAAUUGCAAACAGUACAGUAGACAAGAACAUAUAGACAGAAAGAAUUAUCAUGCACCUCAUAAAGAAAACUCGGUUAAGCGACAAAUGUGCCCUUGCAAUGGCUGUAAGCACGCGUUGACGGAAGAACACACGAGUGCAUGUCGGGCCAUCAAUAACAACAACACAAUGAUGCAUCACUCCGCCUGCGUGUGCCCGAUGGAACACAAUAAGACGAAGGUGCAGCCGGUGCAUAGACAGGUUUAUCGCAGCCCUCAAGUGGCAAUGCUCAUGUCUAUAGCGUUAAUGGGUCUGCCGUUUAUUCCGGCUAGCAAUGUCCUAUUCUACGUCGGAUUUGUGGUUGCGGAACGAGUACUGUAUAUACCGAGUGUUGGUUUCUGUUUAUUACUUGGCUUGGGAGCUGGUGCUUUGACCCGGAGUUGGCACAAAAGCGAAGUUAAGAGCAGAAUAUUCAUGCUUACUCUGUUGUUGGUGCUGUCGGCCAUGUGUGGAUCUACUUUAAGAAGAAACCUAGACUGGCAUGACGAAGAAAGCCUUUUUAAAAGUGCGCUGCAUAUAAAUCCACCAAAAGCUUACGGCAACCUCGGCAGCGUGCUGAGUGCGCAAGGUCGGGUGGCGGAAGCGGAGAUCGCGUUCGAGAGGGCGCUCAAGCACAGACCUAAUAUGGCCGACGUUCAUUACAAUUUAGGAAUCAUACUACAAAACCAAAGAAGAUACGGAGAAGCCAUAAAGAGUUUUGAAAAAGCUAUUAACUUCCGACCCUCCAUGGCUUUGGCGUACGUAAAUCUUGGCGCAUCGCUAAUGGCGGACGGACGCCUCGCCGAAGCGGCCAGCGCGCUCCGCGCCGGCGCGCGCGCCGACGGCUUGCGCGUGCGCGAUCGGCGUGAGCAUGAUGCCGCCCGCGUGUCAGCGCUCGUGCAGCUAGCCGCGCUGCACUCGCAAAGAGGGCACUGGCACAAGGCGUUGUCAGCGUACAAGGAAGCCCUGCAGAUACUACCGACUAGUAACGUUCCCGUUGUAGGCUGGACGAGACAUAACCUGUUAUCCAUGGUCGGCGAAGUAUACAUGCAAUUGCAGCAAUGGACGCAAGCGGAACACAGCUUGCUUUCCGCACACGUCGCGUCGCCGCACCAUGUGGGCACACAUGUCGCUAUGGCGAGGAUACUUGCUAGAAAUGCAACGCGGAGCGUGGAGGCGGAAAUGUGGUUUAACAAGGCUCUACUUCUGGCACCAAAUGAUCCAUCAAUAAGAGACCAAUUUGGGAUGUUUCUAAGAUCACAAAGGCGAGUGAGAGAAGCGGCUGAGCAGCACGUGCUGGCAGCGCGCUUAGCUCCUACGGACGGCGUGCGUGCAGCGGCGGCGGCGCGGGCGCUUCGGGACGCGCGGCGUUGCCGCUCCGCCGAGCGGUGGUACGCCAAAGCUGUACAGUUAAAACCUGAGGAUGCAGAAUUUCAUUCAAAUUUUGGCGCAAUAUUACAUUUAAACGGCAAAUAUGCGGCCGCCGCAACGUCGUACCGCCGAGCCCUGCAACUUCAGCCGAAUGAUGAAAUCACCAUCACGAACCUUAAGCGAGUACGAGCGCUUAUGAGCAAUCAGCGCAGAAAAUAAGUAUAAGGCCGAUAGUCCACUAUCAUAUGUUUAUCAUAGAAAUAUGAUCAUAGGCGACAUGCCGUCCUUUUUCUUCACGUUGGAGAAAAAGGGAGGCACACAGACCUAUGAUCAUAUUUCUAUGACAAACAUAUGAUAGUGUACUUUUGGCCUACGUGCGGAUUAAACAACACAUCAAAUAGUUUAGUGUAUGUCAAUUGCCAAAUAUACAUCGAUAGAGUUACAGAUUCUUAAUUUUUUCAGAUAUUAUUCGAUUAUUUACGAAUUUAGAAAUAAUUAAUAACAUUUUUUAAGAUACGGUAAUGUGUUUAAGUACACAUUCUCAUUGUAUGUAUGAUAAACAAUAGUUUUCACGUAACAAGUAGUUAGGGAUACGAAUAUAACUUAAUAAAAAAUAUUUGUUACAUUAAUGAUAGGUCAGUAUGGAAUUAUUGCAAUUUGAUUAAUUAUAGUGGUAUUAUCUGAUCGUAUCAAUAAAUGAUUGCGUUUUUAGUUUACCACAAAGCUCAAAGGAGCGGAUAGUCCGAGCAUUUAGUGGUUUGAGCUUUUGGCAAAUGAAAUGUACGAAUGUAUUCAAUGUAUGAAACAAAUUAAUAUAACGCAGUUGACUGAUAUUGGACGGUGAACAGAUUUUAUUGACGUUAUAAAAUAUUCUCAGUACCCGCUAUAGGCUUGCAAUAAUAUUAUUAUGACGGACACAUUUUAGCAAAGUCAUAUGGUCUUUAUUUCAUUGCUAUUACAUUAAAUGAUCUAAUAUGACGUAAUAAUUCGGCGUAAACUAUAGUACAUUGUGCAACAAGGGGAGGAAGUUGAAUAUUACUAACGAUGGUAAGUUAAAUCGCGACGGCUUGCCGGAGCGAUUUAAA